AACUUCCAUGGCUAAAUCCAAGGUUGGAGAAAUGAUAUGGUUGCCGGGUGAUGUAGUGAUGCAGAGCUUGCAGGCUUUCAGGAUUUAUGUCUGCUUGUCUCCCCAAGCAGCUUCAACGCUACCCGUCACGUCUCUCUGCUCAGCACAGCUGGCUCCUCAAAAGUGGAGCGCACUAAAAAAUCCACUCGAAACCCUACCCUUUUAGCAAACCAAAACCAAGUAUGCACAGGAUAAGAGCUCCUUCCUUUUAAUAUAAAAAACCAGUACAUCACCAUCUCAAUUCUCAAGCACACAACAAUGGAGAAGAGAAGAGAGUUGAGUGGGAGAUCAGUAACGAAGCAAAGAGAGCUUCUUCAAGUUCAAGACUAUGUCAUGCACAUGGUUUUGCUCACCGCCGGAGCAUCUGUGUCGGUUUUGAUGGUGUUUCUCAUGGAGCAGUGGCGGGCGUGGGUGUUCAUCGUUCUCAACCUCGUCCUCUUAGCCAUUCUUUUCACUUCAGUCUCGUCCACCUCAGAUGAAAAUCAAGAACGCAAAAACAGCAACGACGAGGCAGAUCGAGUUCCGGUCAAAGUUGAAAUGAAGAAGGAGAUGAGGCAAUGUAGGUGGCCACCGACGCAAGUUGAUCAAGAAGAGGUUAAAGAAUGUGAUGAGGAAGAGUGGUUCGAAGUUGAAGACAAGCCGGAGGAGGAGGAGGUUCCGAAGCUGUCAAAGGAGGCUCUGAAUGAGAGAGUGGAAGCUUUCAUUGUUAUGUUCCGGCAGCAUUUGGUUUCAGAUGCAAGAAAUUGAGUGUAAAAUUAGGGGUCAAUUGUUUGAUCCAUGUGUUCAAAAUCGGCGUUAAAGUGCAUUUUGAUGCCCAAAUAUUCAUAAUUUUUUUUAAUGUCUCUGGACAAACAUACUUAGCGAUUUCUA